AUGGAGGAGGACACGGCCACCCCUAAGAACCAGCCUCAAUCUCUGCAGCAGCAGGAGCAGCCACAGGACAGGGAGACAGAAGCACUGUCAGUAACAGCAGCCAAGAUUGGCAAUGCCAGUGAAGAGACAGGUAAAAUGGAUAGUGCUUGGACAGUUACCGAAGAAAUGGCAGACAUAGUGAAUAGAAAGAAGAAGGAUUCACAUACAAAUUCAACGGACAGAAAUUCAGGCACAGAAAGAGGUCUCAACCACAAAAGAGUGUUUGAAGAAAGAGGCAAUGGGAGCUCCCAGGGAGUGUUCAUCCUACUGGGGCUUUCUGACAAGCCAUACCUGGAGAAGUUGCUCUUUGUGGUCUUUCUGAUAACCUACAUCGUGACUUUGCUGGGGAACCUGGCCAUUAUUGUGGUUUCACGCUUGGAUCCUAGUCUCCAUACGCCCAUGUACUUCUUCCUCAGCAAUCUCUCUCUCCUGGAUAUCUGUUACACCACCAGCACUGUGCCUCAGAUGCUGGUUAACUUCCGGAGCACCCUCAAGACCAUCUCCUGGGCCAGCUGCGUGGCGCAGCUCUUCAUCUUCCUUGGCCUGGGGUCCAUCGAGUGUGUCCUUCUGGCAGGCAUGGCCUAUGACCGAUAUGCAGCCGUCCUCCAGCCCCUGCGCUACACAAGCAUCAUGAACCACCGCCUCUGCUGGCUGAUGGCAUCUGCCUCCUGGCUAAGUGGCAUCACCAAUUCCCUUGUGCAGACUAGCCUGUUGCUGCGCGUGCCCUUAUGUGGACGGAACCGGGUUGACCACUUCUUUUGUGAGGUGCCAGCUCUUCUCGAACUGGCCUGUGCCGAUACCUCCACCAAUGAGAUUGGGCGGCUUGUCGCCUCUGUGGUGUUGUUACCAAUGCCUCUGGGCCUUAUCCUAGUCUCCUAUGGCUAUAUUGGAGCUGCUGUAAUGAAGAUCCGCUCAGCUGAGGGCAGGCGCAAGGCCUUUAAUACCUGCACUUCCCACUUAAUGGUGGUAUCACUUUUCUAUGGCACAGCCACCUAUAUGUACAUGCAGCCCCCAUCCAACAAACCCCAUAACCAGAGCAAGAUGGUUGCACUCUGCUAUGGUCUCAUCACCCCAAUGCUGAACCCCCUGAUCUAUACACUGAGGAACAAGGACGUGCAUGGGGCCCUAAGGAGAAUAAUAGGAAAGCAGUUCUGGAUGCAGAGGACAUAA